AUGAGUUGGUUUGCUUGGAGAAAAUCGCGGCAUCUGGUAAGCAAAAAGAAAAACAAACAAACAAACAACAGGGUAUAUUUUAUAAUCAAAACAUUAAGAUCCUUUUUGAAUUCCUGGUUUGAUGUAGAAGCUGCCUUUUUACAUUUAAAAUGAUAGAUAGAGACUCACGUGCUAUCGACCUUGAUGACCGUUUUUAUUCGAAUAAAACGCCCCGGCGUUUUUUCAAUUUUUAGCGUUUCCUAUGCGGCGUUUAUUCAAGGGCGGCGUUUAUUUCGAAAUCACUUUUUUUAGAUCACUGACAACAGUUAUUGUAAAACGUUUGUAAAUAUUAUGUAAUUUAAAGGUUCCAAUGUCUCCCUUAUUUUGCUGAGAUAGAAUCGUAACUAUCUGGAUGGUGUAAAUUAAGGACAGUUGUACCGAAGCUUUUCUUAUUCCCCGAGUGAACGCGACAUCCUUCUGUUAGGUGCGGCAUUUAUUCGAGGGUGGCGUUUAAUCGAAUAAAUACGGUACUGACUUGUUGGAUAUUAGAAACUUUUAGCCUAAUAUAAGUAUCUGUAAAGUAUCUGUAUAUGUCGGUUCUUGAUUUACAGUGCCGUAGCCAGACCAAACGGCCAACCGAGGCAGGCGGGAGUUGCUAGGGGGGUUCGGGGGCAUGCCCCCCCCCCCGAGAAAUUUUGAACUUUAGUCUCUCGGAAAUGCGAUUUGCAGCGUUUUCUGGGCCUUUCGGUAGCUUUUUUUCGAGUUAAUUUAAGUGGAAUUUAAAAAGCAAUAAUCAGAAACAAGCUACAUAAUCUGGGUGACCGUUAACCUCGCCAAUGGUUUUGAUCAGUAUUUGUUCAAAAAAAAUUUGGGUUAACAUACGUAGCCCCUUGAGAUCGAUGAUAUGGUAAUUUUUUCAUAGUAUUUUGACUGAAUUGCUGAAUUCUUUGUAACAUCAUGAUGCGUUAAAAAUAUCCGAUGAUCGCUUAUGUAAAAUAAAAAUGAUCGGCGAAAUUCGUCAAAAUUUUACCAAGGCGAGUGCCUCGGUUGGCCUCAUACUAGCUACGGCGCUGAUUUACAGAACCCAACGUUUGUUUUAUCAUUUGUCGUUCCUAGUGUUUGCGACCAUAUCAAAUUCUGUUAAGAUCUCUUCAGAUUCAAGCUGAAUCUGAUGGGGAAAAGAAGCUUGCAGGGAUUUUAAGGCAAAAUUUCAGCGCCUCUCAUAUUGCUGUCAAGGAUGUUUCAGGUCAGUAUUUUGUAAAAAUCAAUAGAUGAUUGCAUUGUUAUGUAUCAAACUGCCAUUAAUUUUAUCCUUAUCAAAUAUCCAUCCCCUGGUGUGUGAGUAGGAAGAGGGUCUCAAUGGGGUUAACCGAUAGGCGUAAAACGGCCAAAAAUUUAGUGGAACAUGGAGGAACAUGGAGUCUUGCGCCUCUGGUACUUGUAGAAAACACCCACCCACACAAAAACCUACAGACCUGUUUGCAGAACAUCUUAAACUGUAGGCAGCAGUUGCCACAUGCUGUUUGAACUGAUGACAGAGUUAGUAAAGCUUUGAUUAAACUCCAAAAAACUCAGGUUAUUGCUUGUUCCAAUUUCAGGGGGUUGUGGAGCAAUGUAUGAAAUAUUUAUUGAAUCUGAAGAGUUCAGAGGGAAAAGACAGGUUCAACAGCACCGACUUGUCAAUCAAGUAAGCUAACAUCUUUGUCAUUAUGAGGCAAAUUCUGUGUCCAAGUAGGAAUAAUAAUCUUUAAUGGUUUUAGUGUAGAUACAUGUAAUCUAUACAUGUAUACAGGUAGUUGAAGAAAUACACCUUAUUCGAUGGUUUAGCAUAAUUUAUAAUAUGUGCGGAUAUUUUGCGAGUUGCAUAGCAAUGAGCAAAAUGUCCACUCGUAUUAUUAUGCUAAACCAUCGAAUAAGAGGUUUAUCAUUCCACUUCAAAAAAAUCUGUUAUUUUGCAAUUGGCCUCUAUUUUUUGUAAGAGUAUUCAUUGAGCAUCCUGAUUCCGUCUUUGAGAAUGACGUUACAUGUAAGAAUGAGCAAAAUGUUCACGCAUAUUAUAUGCCAAACCUUUGAACGAGAGCUUAAUUAUUUUACUGCAAAAGAAAAAUGUUAUUUUAACUUCUAUUUUCUAGUAAGAGUAUCCAAAAUAUCGUGAUUCUGUGAGCCAUAGUUGCUCCUUUUGCAUCUGCCGCUAUUCGCCCUGUUGUAAAUCGGUUAAACCAGGACACUACAGUUUAUUAGGGCCUAGUAUUUUGCGCAUUCUCUUUACCUUAUAUGGUUAAAUGACAUAAUAGUGGAAUAAUAAAGGUAUUCAUUUCACACAUGUCCUUUUUUCUUUUUAGGCUCUUGCCGAUGAAGUGAAACAAAUGCAUGGAUUAAGGAUCUUCACAGCAGUUCCUGGAGAAAACAAAAGCUAGUAAACAAUCUUCAAGUUCAGACAAAGCACACAAUAUGCUUAUUAAAACAUACAUCAAACAGUGUCACAGACUGGAGAGAUAUGAAUAUUGCAGCAUCUUCAAGUGCACUACUCCCUUUUCCAAGUUUGUCUAUUAUUUGGUCUGUACAGACACAACUUUUGAGAAUCUUUGGAACACAUUGAAGUAAGACUGUUUUCUUAGUUUUCUCAAAAGACAAUUUUAUUCAUUUAAGAAGUAGCAAAUGAUACCAAGGAUGUACAUCAAUGCUAUCGACAACUAAGGAAGCUAAUCCUAAGUCUAUCUGAAGUUAAUGUG